AUGUCUUCAAAACAAGUUCACGUUGUGAAAUCCACCUCCAUCCAAGCCUCCUCUUCAGGCCAAACGGAUGGCAUGACGCGAAUGCCAGCGAUAACCAACCUCGCCUCAAUCUGCAGCUCCAUCAUGCUUGCCUCUCCCCACUCAGCCUCCGCGGUGCAUCACCACGGCGCUCAAGACACCAUCGUGUAUGCCGUACGGGGUCAAGGUGCUGUUGUCAGUGAAGGUGGAAAGAAGCGACAGGAGCUAAAGCAAGGAGAUUUCGCGUUGAUUCCUGCGUACCAGGAACAUCAGGAGGUUAACGAUGGGGAUGAGGAGGUUGAGUGGGUUAUUGUAAGGAGUGGAGGAGAGCCCGAGGUUGUGAAUUUGGAGGGUUGGGGAAAGAGUUAA